AUGAACCUGAUUUUUCACGAUGUGCUGGGGGGCAUUCUCGAAGUAUAUAUCGAUGCUGUGGUGGACAAGUCUAAGAAGAAAGAGGAUCACAUUGACAAUUUGUGGACAGUGUUCACCAGGAUGAGAAAGCACAAGCUCAAGAUGAACCCGGCUAAAUGCAUAUUCGGGGUUCGAGCAAGAGACUUCUUGGGUUUCAUAGUGCAUGAAAGAGGUAUUGAGGUCGCGGAAGAUAAGGCUAAAGCAGUUCUAGACACGCCAGCACCAAGGAACAAGAAGGAACUUCAGAGACUCUUAGCACAAGAUGGUGAUGGAGAGGGGGGCAAGAAGAUUGAGCAUGCAGUUUAUUACUUUAGCCGAAUCUUAUUAGAUGCCGAAACUAGAUACUCGCCGAUUGAGAGGUUGUGUUUAGCUUUGUACUUCGCCGGUACUAAGCUCCGCCAUUACAUGCUGUCCUUCACUACAGUGGUGGUGGUGCAAACCGAUUUAGUGAAGUAUAUGCUUACCAGACCUAUGCUUCGAGGUCGGAUUGGUAAGUGGAUCUUGGCAUUAUCCGAGUUUUCUUUACAGUAUACACCCUUAAAGGCGCUCACAGGACAAGCAGUGUCCGACUUUUUCUUGCAUCAUCCUAUUACGGAGGACAUUGAAGACCAGAACGUGGUUGUUUCCUUCGUUCACACUCAGCCUUGGGUUCAGUACUUCGAUGGAAGCAGCACUGAUCAUUUUUUCAGAGUGGGUGUUGCAUUAGUUAAUCCUUCCGGAGCCAGACAUUGUUACUCUUUUCAGCUCGAAUGGAAGUGCACGAACAAUCAGGCAGAAUAUGAGGCCAUCAUCAUUGGCCUGGAGUUGUUGCUUGAUCUGGAGGUCACUGAGGUAGAGAUAUUAGGUGAUUCACUCCUAGUUAUUAAUGAGCUCAAGGGUGUCUAUAAGUGCAACAAUUUUACAUUACUUCCUUUUUGGGAGCGAGCAUCGGAAUUGUUAGAGCAAUUUGCAGACGUGGUGCUUAACUAUAUUCCUCGCGAACGAAAUUUCGCUGCCAAUGAAUUAACACAGCUGGCUACGGGCAUUCGCUUGGUAGAUGGCGUUCGCGAGAGGAUUUUGAAGGUUCAGAGACACACAUUACCUUCCUUUAUGGCAAGGAAAGAGGUUAACGAUGAAUGGUUGGUAGCGGUUAUUGAUCUCAUUGAUGUUGAUUGGCGACAACUAAUUAUCCAGUACCUCAAUGAUCCUUCUGCACUGGUGGACAAGAAAGAGGUUAACGAUGAAUGGUUGGUAGCGGUUAUUGAUCUCAUUGAUGUUGAUUGGCGACAACUAAUUAUCCAGUACCUCAAUGAUCCUUCUGCACUGGUGGACAAGGCAGAAGAUGGCUUGUACCUGCGAUGCAUCUAUGGAGCUGAGGCUAAAAGGUGCUUACGCGAGGUUCAUUGUGGCAAUUGUGGUUCUCACCAAGCCGGUCCAAAGAUGCGGUGGCUCAUUCGCCGAUAUGGUUUUUAUUGGCCUACCAUGCUCAAGGACUGCAUCAGCUUCGCGCAGGGUUGCAUCGAGUGUCAAAUGCAUGUGCCAGUCCAGCAUGUGCCUGAUGUUCCUCUACAACCAAUCAUUAAGCCUUGGCCCGGUCGCGGUUGGGCUCUAGACUUUAUUGGGAAAAUUCAUCCCAAUUCUUACUUACAACACAAGCACAUUCUACUGGCUACAGAUUUCUUCACCAAGUGGGUCGAGGCCAUACCAGUCAGGACGACAUCUUCAGAGGUGAUCACCGACUUCAUCUUCAAAUUUAUUAUCACCAGGUACGGCAUUCCAGAGUGUUUGGUGGCAGACAGGGGGGCAGGUUUCAUGGCUGAGAAGACCCAGAAGUUCUUAACCGGCUAUGGGAUAAAGUUUAUGCAUUCUAGUCCUUAUUAUGCACAAGCGAACGGCCAGGCAGAAGCUAGCAACCGCGUCAUUAUGUCUAUACUCAAACGAAUGUUGGAUGCAAAUCCGCGAUCUUGGCACACAGAGUUGAAUCACACAUUAUGGGCUUAUAAAACCUCCAAACGUACUCCAACUGGUACUACACUUUAUGCGUUGAUGUAUGGGCAUGAUGCGGUACUUCCUAUGGAAAUUAAUGUUCAGUCCCUAAGGGUUUGCGAACAACAUCAGUUGAUUGGUGAGGACUAUGUUCAAGCUAUGUUUCAAGAACAUGAGGACUUGGACUUUCGCCGGAUGGAAGCUCUCGACAGCCUUAUUGCCGAAAAGAAAAAGAUAGCACGACUUUAUGACAAACGCACGAGAGGACGCAGCUUCGGAGUUGGGGACUUAGUUUGGAAAGUCUGUUUGCCUUAUGGUGAGCGAGUUGAUGGUCGCGGUAAAUGGUUUGCUAAGUGGGAAGGUCCUUUUGUGAUUGAUCGAGUAAUGGGCAAAGGCGGCUACUACCUUCGUGAUACUGAUAGGAAUGUUCACAGAAAUCCCAUGAAUGGCCGCCAUCUUAAGAAGUACUUUCCUAGUGUUUGGGAGUAUGAAGAUCCACCGGCAGCGGUGCAAGCAACAUACCUGGUGUUCGGACUUAGUGUUUCCUUGAGUUCCAUUCUUUCAACCAAGUAA